GGCUCAGCCUAUAAGUAGGGACAAAGGACCCUGAAAGGAGGCAGUGUGUCGUCAGUGUGCAGCGUGACGCCUCGUGGGAAAGAUGUUGCGCCCUCUCCUUUGCUGCCUUCUGCUGGCCCUGCUGGCGGGUGUGCUUGCUCUGGCCGCCCCUGAGAUCAAAGAUGAAGACGUAAGGGAGGAAUGUGAACAAGGACGAAACUGUUUCCAGCCUGAUUGUCUGUGUCCAGCCGUACAGCCCCCAGGUGGCCUUGACCUGGCAGACGUUCCCCAGUUUGUGGUGCUCACCUUCGACGAUGCUGUCACUGAACUGAACUCUGACUUCUACCUCAAUUUCAAGGACCUGAAGAACCCUAACCAGUGCCGCAUCACCAUGACCUUCUUCCUCUCCCACCUGUACACCGACUACUCCAUGGUCAACGAGCUGUACCGCCUGGGUCACGAGAUUGCCCUACACUCUGUCACGCACAAGAGUGAUGUUCAGGAAUAUUGGCGGCCAGCCAAUGAGAGUGUGUGGCUGCAGGAGAUGCAGGACCUCAAGACUAUUGUGGCGAGAAAUGCCAAGGUUCCUGAAGAAGACAUCAAGGGGUGGCGUGCGCCUUUCCUGGAGGUGGGCGGGGACGAAAUGUUCAGGGCCAUAGAAACUUUGGGUCUGAAGUACGACUCCUCCUGGACCACACUGAAGUACACCAACUGGUACGAGGAGACGAUUCCUGCUCUCUGGCCCUACACUCUGGACUAUCUCAGCCCCCAGGACUGUCCAGUGGGCACAUGUCCUGUAGACUCUUACCCUGGCACCUGGGUUAUGCCCAUGCUGGACCUCAAUGACAACACGAAUCAGCCUUGUGCCAUGCUUGACACCUGCCAAGGGGCCGGAGAUGAGCUGCUGAAUGAUCCUGUUGCCGUGGAGGCAUUCAUGAAGCGUAACUUCCUGAUCAACUACUACAACAACAAGGCACCCUUUGGCCUCUAUGUGCACCACUCAUGGUUCUACGAGGGAACACUCAACCACACACUGGCACGCCAGCAGGGCUACACCAACUUCCUGCUCUGGCUAGGGACACUGGAUGACGUGUUUGUGGUGUCCCUGGACCGUGUGAUGGCCUGGAUGAAGAACCCCAAGCCAAUCAGUGAGAUCAACGACGUCGACGAGCUCAGCUGUUCCCCCUUCGACCCUGACACCAGUUGCCGUACUGCAUAUAAUUAUCGCUUCGAUACUUCAAACAACAUUCCUCCAGAGCUCUUUGAGGUGUACAUGAAAACGUGCACCCCACCACAGCCACCCUACUUCCCCUGGCUAAAUAACCCCUUUGGAAUGGAGGACAUUCCCAUCCCACCAGGAUCCACCUAGAAGCUACUCACUUAUCAACUCCACAAGAGGCGUGGAGGUUGCAUGGGUGUCAGACUUAGAGCAAUGCCUAGAGUCAGUUAUUGUUUGUGCCCAACAACCUAUACAUCUCUGAACACCCUACAUUAGCGAUUAUUUGUGUCAGAACAGUAAUAAGGCCUCAUCCUAUGCUUCGCGUGAUUGUAUAAUCCGCAUCACCUACAAUCAGCUGGUGGUGGAGGUCAGGCUGCUGAGGGAGGAACAUACGUGUCAGUAAGGUCAGUCUAACUGUCAUGCGUUUCUUUGUGUAUCGUAAUCAACCCUACAUACCCUGUUCCUCUAGUGUAGUUGGCAUGAACCUUGCACGCUGUUUCUACCACUCAACUUCCUUGACCUAGUUCUUCAGUACCUUGCAUGCAGUUUGUUAGGGGUUGGCAUGGAAUUGUUGUACCCUCAUUAUCAAUAAAAUCAUGCUUGCCUAA